AUGACCUCUCAGAUUCGUCAGAAUUAUUCCACUGAGGUGGAGGCUGCUGUCAACCGCUUGGUGGACCUGCACGUGCAGGCCUCCUACACCUGCCUCUCUCUGGGCUACUACUUUGACCGAAAUGAUGUGGCUCUGGAGGGAGUGGGCCACUUCUUCCGUGAGCUGACCAAGGAGAAAGGCGAGGGAGCCGAGCAUCUCCUGAAGAUGCAAAACCGGCGCGGCAGCCGUGUACUCUUUCAAGACGUGCAGAAACCAUCUGAAGAUGAGUGGGGCAAAACCUUGGAUGCCAUAGAAGCUGCCCUGGCCCUGAAGAAGAACCUGAACCAAGCUCUUCUGGACCUUCAUGCCUUGGGCGCUGCCAAGACCAACCCCCAUAUCUGUACGUUUCCACAUGUGCUUUCAUCUUCUGGCUAUGUAUACCAACCUGGACUAACAAGGCCGAAGUGA